UAACACAGCUGAUCGGGUGUUGUGUUUACAUUCUACAGCGAGAUUCUCGAAAACUGUUAUCAUCGUUUCGUAUUUAUAAAUGGUUUUAAUCAGUGUUUUUUCUACGCUGAAAGCUACAAGUUUUUCAGUGUUUGAAUGAUAUUUCACAGCCAUACUUAGUCAAUUGUACAAUGACUUCCAAUUCCAGAGGAAUCAUCAGCGUGCGAUUCAACCAAGAUCAAGGUUGUUUUGUUUGCUGUAUGGAAACGGGUUUAAGAAUUUAUAAUGUCGAUCCUCUCGUGAUGAAAGCAAAGUAUGAUGUCAACACUGUCGGCAGUUUAGCAAUUUGUGAAAUGCUUCACCGGACCAAUCUCUUUGCUGUUGUCGCUGGCGGGAACCAACCAAAAUUUACAGACAACUGUGUUUUUAUCUAUGAUGACAUUGCCAAAAGUUUUGUUCUUGAAAUUGUGGUAGAAACAUCAGUUAAGGCAGUUCGAUUACGCCGGGAUAAGCUAGUGAUAGUCACCUUAUCUCAAAUAAAUGUGUUUUCCUUUCCAAAUCCAAUAGAAAAAUUAUUCACCUUAGAAACUAGGAAAAAUAAACUUGGUCUCUGUGAAAUCAGCCCUCUAGUCUCAUCUGAGAAACAAAUUCUUACUUUUCCGGGACACAAAGUCGGCAGCAUUCAAUUAGUUGACCUAUCAAACACUGUAGCAAAUGCAUCAACGGCUCCUGUCACGAUAAACGCUCACCAAGGAGACCUUGCUUGCAUGGCCAUCAAUUCUCAAGGAACUCUAGUCGCAACUGCCAGCAUGAAAGGCACAUUGAUUCGUGUCUGGGACACUAUCCGUAGAUCUUUGUUUGUAGAGCUACGAAGAGGAUCAGAUCCAGCCACACUUUAUUGCAUAAAUUUUAGCGCUGAUUCCAAGUACCUGUGCUGUUCAAGCGACAAAGGAACUGUGCAUGUUUUUGCAUUGAAAGAUACACAUUUAAACAAGCGAUCUGCGCUGUCUAAAAUAGGAUUACGAGGAAAUUAUGUGGAGUCACAGUGGGCCUUAGCGAAUUUCACAGUUCCACCGGAAUGUGCAUGCAUAUGUGGUUUUUCAUCCAGGAAUUCCGUAACUGCUGUUUGCGUGGAUGGUACUUUUCACAAAUAUGUUUUUACGAAUGACGGAAGCUGCAAUAGGGAAGAGUAUGAUAUUUUUGUGGGUCCUGACGUCGAUGAUGAUGAAAGUGAUGACUUUUAAAAGGUUAUUGUAACAUUAGGUGUUACUAUUUUCUUCUUACCUGCUUCCAAAAAAACUUAUUCUGUUACUUGAGUUAUCUUUCUCAUAUUUUUCGUAUGUGUUGAUAGAAUUAAAUAUUUUAAAAAACAGUGCUGCUGAAGGGCUCAAGAGGGAAUCUCAAAUUUUGCCUCCCACAAUUUACAAGCGUAUCUGAAUAUGCAGUUGUGAGAGGUAGAGUAUAAAAAUAAUUUAAAUUUUUAAGCUAAUAUAUGCAGCCCCAAAUACAGUUGUUGGACGCACAAAAAAGACAUUUAUUGAGAUCUCUAUGGAUCUGCUCUUUAGGAGCUGGGCAUGAAGUAAAUGAUAAUUUUUAAUGACUUCAUAUCAUUGACAGUUCUAGCAAGUUGACAAUAUUAGGUCUUUUACAAUGUCUAUUUACUUAAAUGCAGGUAUAAAAGUCAACAUUAGUCAAGAAAGUUUUUCUCUUUCAAAAACGAUUAUUUAUAAUGGAUUUAAAGGAGGGAAAAACAGUGUCACAAACUUGCGAGAAUUGCCAAUGUACUGUAUCUAUUUUCUACUGUUAAACUGCAUUGUCUAGAGGAAAAAAAUCCGCUAGGUUUAUCUAGAAUAAAGAUUAUUUAAUUGUUUUUAUCUUUAUAUUUUAUUAUUAUUGUGAUCGACAUUGUGAUAUGAUUGUAAAUAAAUGCCUAUACUUACUUGUUUAUAAUUCUGA